AUCUCUCCAGCCCCAGUGUUCUGUUUAAGUUUUAACUUUUUUUUUUCCAUGUGUAGGAAUGCUUUAUGCUCUCAAGCACACAAUGUACAUGCAGUGCUCAUGGAGGCCGGAAGAAGGCCUUAGAUCUCCUGGAACUGGAGUUAUUGAGGAGCCAUGAGGGGUUCUGGGAACCAAACCCUCGUCCUCUGCAAAACCAGCAAGGCCCAAAGAACCAUCUCUUCAGCUGCCCUGCCCCCAUCUGUUUAAACAGAGUUGCAGAGCAGGUGGCUCAAUGCGCUAUCUCUGGGCCAGGCUCUCGAGGUACUGCAGUGACCUAAAUAGUCACAGUCGUCAGCCUUCAGCCCAAAACGUGCAGAUGUGUAAACAAAAAAAGCAACCUGAUAAAAUCGUGGUCCUGGGAAAUCCACCACAAGGUGACCUAUGAGCCACAGCUCAGAUCUAAAAUGGAAAGGGACCCUGAGAUCUUGUUUCCCACAGCGAAACCAGCUCAGUCUUGGUGUCUGAGCAUUGAGCAGUUAAAGACACUCGGCUCUGAAGCUGACACACAUCCUUAGGUCUUCAGAAAUGACAAAUUUACUGUAACUCUGAUCCAGUUGCCCAGUUUGGUGUGCCGUCGGCUGCUGGCAGCUGUGGGGUCCCAGUAAGAGGAGACACAUCGUAGAAAAGUUUGUUCCUAGACAAAAGCUAGGAUUUGGGGUCCAAAGAGCAAGACAGGAGAGUCACUUACAGUGAUGGACAGUUGACUGUUGGUGUGAGACAGAAGCUCUAGUGAUGGAGGGACAGGGUGGGUGUGCUUAAUGCAUUUGCGCUGUGCAUUCAGAAGUGGCCCGGGGUGCUCACUAUCCAGUCGUGUUUAUUGCGCCGCGGCACAUUUGAAUAACUACCCACAGGGUUCCUCCCAGGUCACCUACUCUGAAGGAUGAAAACACCCAGCAAAGCCGGAUUGGCCAGCUGCUGCUGGUCUGGUGCGCACCUGCCCCCGCGCUCGCUCUCUGGGUUUACCCGUGGCCAGCUCUAAGCGCGACACUUGCUGGGUCCACCUAAGACCCAGGACCCCGGACUGUUAAGCUGGUGUGGAUGGACACCCGGACGCCGGAAGUUCCCUGUGGGGACUUGCUGCAGAACGCGGCUGAGAAUCUACUUCUAGAGGUUGAAGAACAUUUCCAAGCUCUGACUACAACAUUAAACCUCAGAAUGGAAGAGAUGGGAAGUCGCAUCGAGGACUUACAGAGAAACGUGGAUGACCUCAUGACUCAGGCCGGGAUCGAGAAUUCUAUCAAAGAACCAGCGACCUGAAGAUGUUAAACGAGUCACGUGGGAUUGCUAAAACAAAAACUACACCAUACGUCUGAGUAAUAAUAAUCUAUGCAGUAUGAAUUUUGAUGUUCAUUUAAAUUUUUUUUGGACACUUAAAAUUAAACCCAGGGCCUAAACUAUAGGCAAGUGGCUACCAACGAGCUAUACCCUAACCCACUGAAAACUAAAAUUCACUUUAACAAAUGAAGAACAAAGCUGGGCCAUAAUGGCACAUGCCUUCAACCCCAGCACUUGGGUGGCAGAGGCAUGCAGCCAGUCUGGCCUACAGAGGGAGUUCCAGGACAGCCAGGGCUACACAGAGAAACCCUGUCUAGCAAAACAAACAAAAUGAAAAGAAAAGCAAUAAAAUAAUAACAUAAUCCACAAGGUGACUACUUACCAAUGACGAGACUUGUGAAAAAGGACAAAUUAUUGCAAAUCACGGAAGAAUGCACUCACUCUAUUAGUUCAUACCUAGUCCAAAUUAAAUUUCUACUUGGCUUUAAAAACGGUCAUAGCCUUCUGAUGUAGGUGCUUUUAGUUAUUUUUAUUUUUUGUAUUUUGUAUUUUUCACACGGUACUAUUUUAUCACAUUCUCACCCUUCCCCUACUACUCUCAUAUCCUUCCCUCCCCAUUCUCCCAGUUUCAGGAUUUUCUUUCUUUCUCCCCACCUCCCCCCACCUAUGCCUAUAUGCCUCUCUCUGCUUCCUGAGUGAUGGCAUCAAAGAUGUGUGCCACCACCACCUGGCCAAUGUUCUUCUAAGCAUAUGAGCCUGCUAAUACAUUUUUUAUUUUUUAAAAAAACCUUAUGUGUAUGGAGGUUUUGCUUGCAUGUAUGCCAGUGCAUCUGUGUGCCGUAUUUGAGAAGCCAGAAGAGGGUGUUGGAUCUCAUGAAACUGGAGUAAAAGUUGGUUGUUAGUGCCCAUGUGGCUGCUGGGAAUCUAAUCCAGGCCAUUAGGAAGAUCAAUGCUCUUAAGCUGCGGAGCCAUCUCGAUCGUCUCAUUUGUAUCCAUUUUCCAAUAACUACUGUAGCUCCCUCCUGCCAGUCACUCCUACCUCCAAGACUCAACUUAUCAUAACCAGGCUAAGAAAACCCAAGGGCAACUGUUCUACCAACUGACAACCUCAGAGCUGAGCCAACUCAGCACAUAGGAACUAGAAAAGCAAGCGGCUCCAUAGCAACCAGACUGUUUCAUCUCUCACCUUGGGGGCAGAUGCUCCCCCCCCCCAGAGAGUUUCCCUGUGCCUUGGGGUGAAAUUCACCCCACCAAGGAAUCACUGCAGGACAGAAUCAGGUCAAGAUAAUUCGAUGGCUUCUUAGCCUUUCGAAUAGUUACUCAAACCAGUGUAAAAUAGCUGUUGUCAUCUAAAGGGUCUUUUGUUUAUUAAAAGGUAUUCCUACAUAAUAGAAAGUUAAAGUCACCCCAAUUCUACCUCUAAUUGGUUCCGAUGACACUUGUCCUAUGGAGUUUAAUAGAUUCAGUUUUGUUCCCUAUAAUUUAAUAGCCUAUUUUCUUUAUCUACCACAACGUUGUUCCUUGCGAAAAUUCCACACAUCGCCCCCAAGCGGCUGCCUAAUAUUCCAGUAUAUGGCAAUAAACAUCCAGGCUUCUGAA